AUGAUCGAUGUCCGUCUGAUUCAAUCUUCAACUGCUAAUCCUGUUGGGUCACAGGUCCCCGCCGGGUUUCCGAUGCUGAAAUCCGCUUCCUUCCCCACAGAUGACCCACGUCCCGUCUCGCCCGUCAGUUUACUCGAUGCCUCCAGAAAAGAUCCUUUCGACAGUUAUCCCGUUUUCUGCUCCAAAGCCGAUCUUGAACUGGCCGACUAUUGGACCAACCGACUCACUUACUGGUCUGGCCAGAAUAAAUAUGUAAAAAAUCAGAUCUUCCGCACAGCAAUGAGCCAUUCGCUAGCAUUCCAAGCUGUUAUUCUCUCAUAUUGCGCCCGCUGGAAACUUCAGUUGUAUAACUUAUCAAGCAGUAACGAAGCCGACACUCAUGUGAAACAGGUAACAAGCGAUAUCGACAAGGCUUUAACGGGAUCCUUCCCCAUUAACGCAGACAGCCUUGCCAUGGCCAUGACGGGGAUGGCGCUCCAGGAAGAGCGCUUCGGGACGAAAGAGAAAGCCAGAGGAUAUGCGGACCAGGCCGUCCAAAUCCUGCGGUCCCGAGCGGGGGCCAGCAACGCCGUCGAGGUCUUCUUACACUUCGUGCGAUACCUUAUGAUCCCGCCUCCAAAUCCCUCCGGAGGCGACGAGAAUCAGCAAUGGCUUACCACGUUUCUUCGCGGCGCAGAAGAGCUCAUGUUGGAGCACAACACAAGAGCAUAUCUUUCCUCCGUUCCUCAGCGCCAUUCUGCUUUUCAAAUGGAUAGCCCUCUAUUUCCUUUACUCUCCAGCGGACCGCGCCCUUCUCAGAUCCCCGAAGAUUCACGCAUGUACGUUGUCCGGAAUGCGCCAACCCAGGAACUCACCCGCACCGCGGCUUUGAUUUAUAUCACGGCAACGCUCUGGGAUUUCCAAGAUUCUCCAAGCAAGACCGGACGCUUCCUCAACCAUCUCUGCACCAUCGCCAAAGACCACGAACUCGAUCGACACCCGGCCUGCGAGACUUUUAUCUGGUUGCUAUUAGAGGAGAGCUAUGAUCUGGACUUGAAAGAUCCCGAGCGAGGCUGGUCCACCGGCGAGUUGUUGAAGAUGCACAAACAGCUGCGACCGGAUCUACAGUUCCAGUUCAACGAGAUUCUCUUUAGUUUGCUAAUGCUCCUGCCUCCCAUUCGAGGCAUCGACACAUUCGAGGAGGAAAUCUGUUCGGCAUCCGACACGUCCGACCUCUGA